AUGGCACCUCGCGCUGUACAAGCCGAGAGCUCACGUGCGGCUCAGCGUAAAGCUGUCCCACGCCCAGCUCCCACUGCUGCUCCCGCGGUCAACGGUAGCAAGAAGCGGGCUGCACCCGCGCCGGUUGAGGAAGAGGAGGAGGACGAGGGGCUCAUGAAUGGGGACCAGACGCUCGAGAUGAGUGAUGAUGAGGUGGCGGAAGGAGAAGAGGAGGAUGGGAACGAGGACGAUGAGGACUUCCCCGAGCUGGAUAGCGGGUCUUCGGAUGGUGACGAUGAAGAGGAAGAUGACGACGAAGAGGAGGACGGAUCAGAGUCGGGGUACAACUCGUCUGAUAUCGAGCGGAUGUACGAGGACGGAGAUGAGGACGAGGAGGAGGAAUCGCCAGCGACGACUCCCUCGAGUAGCCGGGAAGACCUCACUAUCGACGAGAAGCUCUCGCGGAUGAUCGCCAAGAACUCGGUCAAGCCGGACGAGGCUAUCGGAACGGACGGAAAGAUAUCGGCGGCCAAGACGGGCAAGGGGAGGGUCGUACCCAGUAAAUACGUCGAGGGGAGUUAUCGGCGGGAGUACGAGGAGUAUGAGGCGGGGUACGGGAGUGAGAGCUCGACUGAAGACAACCCCAACACAGUCGGUAACAUACCGAUGGAAUGGUACGACGACCUCCCGCAUAUCGGAUACGACGUUAACGGGCGUAAAAUCUUCCGGCCGGUCAAGGGGGACGAGCUCGACAAGUUCCUCGCGAAUGUUGAGGAUCCAUCCGCGUGGACAUCGGUCGAGGAUAAGCUCCUCCAGAAGCAGGUGCAGCUUACGGAUCGGGAGCUGGACAUUAUCAGGAGGCUGGAGAGGGCAGAGAACCCGGACAAGGAUUUCAAUCCUUAUCAGGAUACGAUCGAGUGGUUUACGGGCAAGGGCAACGAGAGGGUUAUGCCGCUCAGUGCGGCGCCCGAGCCAAAGAGGCGAUUCGUCCCCUCCAAGUGGGAGCACAAGAAGGUGAUGAAGAUCGUCAAGGCGAUUCGGGAGGGCCGGAUCAUCCCUAACAAACCUACCGCUCAGAAACCGGCCGUCUAUGCCAUCUGGUCCGAGUCCGACCAGCCCCACCAGGAACAUGCCAUGUACAUGCCCGCUCCACAACUCCCUCCUCCCCGCACCGCCGAAUCCUACAACCCACCAGAAGAGUACGUCUUCACCGAGGAGGAGCGGAAAGAGUGGGAGGAGGCAGAAAAGGAGGACCGGAAGACCGACUUCAUGCCCGCCAAGUACGACGCGUUGCGGCAUGUCCCCGGAUACCGCAAUCUGGUGCAGGAACGGUUUGAGCGGUGUCUCGACCUGUACCUCGCUCCGCGGACACGGCGGGUCAAGCUAAACAUCGACCCGGAAUCGCUCAUCCCUAAACUCCCUAGUCCAAGGGAGUUGCGCCCCUUCCCCCUCGCUUCGGUGGUGCAGUACAGGCAUCCGGGGAGCACGCGGGUGCGGUGCGUCUCGGUCAGUCCGUCAGGCGAGUGGGUGGCGUCCGGGAGUGAGGAUGGGGUGGUCAGGUUGUGGGAUCUGGGGAAUGGGCGGGAAGUAUGGAAGUGGGAUCUGAGAGGCGGGGCGGUCCAGAGUGUGGAUUGGUCGCCCAACGCAGAGGAGGCGGUGCUGGUUGCGCUGGUGGAAGGGAAGGUGGUCGUGCUGUCGCCAUUGUGGCUCGUGCCUCCUGCGGUUGCGGCAGCGACGAUGGAGCAUACCAACGCUGGUUUCGCUUCGUCUGCUGCAACGACCAAGGCGGGGGCGGGCAAGGAGGUCAAGGGGGUGGAGGCGGUCAAGUGGGCGAGGCCAGGAGAGAGCGACCGAGAGAGGGGUGUACUCGUGACUAUCGAAGUGCCAGGGACACCAAAACAGGUGGCAUGGCACAGGAAGGGAGAUUACUUCUCGACUGUUGCUGUUGACGCUGCCAACAAAUCCGUCCUCAUCCACCAGCUCUCCAAACACGCUACCCAAUCCCCCUUCCGCAAGACCCCUGGCCAAGUCCAGCGGAUCCAGUUCCACCCUCACAAACCCUGGUUCUUUGCCGCCACUCAGCGUUAUGUGCGCUUGUACGAUCUCGCGGGGCAGACGCUCGUCCGGACGCUCCAGACCGGUGCGCGAUGGAUCAGUUCGAUGGACGUACAUCCUGGAGGAGACAAUGUGGUGGUUGGGAGCUACGAUAAGAAGCUGGGCUGGUUCGAUAUGGAUCUUGGAAACAAGCCAUACAAGACGCUCAGAUAUCAUACCAAAGCUCUCCGAUCGGUCGCCUUCCACCCUACUCUCCCCCUCUUCGCAUCGGCCUCAGACGACGGCACGAUCCAUAUCUUCCACGCGACCGUCUACUCGGACCUGAUGCAGAACCCGCUCAUCGUGCCCCUCAAGAUUCUGCGCGGACACCGGGUGACGGAAGGUCUCGGCGUGUUGGAGGUCAGGUGGCAUCCACAGAAGCCAUGGUUGAUCAGUUCAGGCGCGGACGGGGAAGUCAGACUCUGGUGCUCGUAG